UACCAAGACGGGAUGGGCGGCGCGGACUUGCACGAUCAACUACGUCUUCAGCGAUAUUCAAUUCAGCGAACCAUGAAAAUGAGGAAGUAUUAUCUCACGAUUUUUCUCGGGCUGGUUGAUAUGGCGUUGGUCAACGCUUACAUCAUUUAUCGACGUGUCCAAGCUGAGCGUGCACCCGGCAAAGCUCCACCUACUCAUGCCGAGUUCAUGCGAUUGAUGCAGACGGCGCUGCUGGGAGUGGGGGCCGCGGACUUCGAAGGUGACUUGUCUGUCCGAGCGCUGGUGGACACGCCAGUACCGCCGUCGCCA